AUGUUUACUUUUCAACGUUUAGUAGUCUCUGCACUACUUAUCCUUACCGUUACCUUCCUCUUCUUUGCCCAGACGGCGGAAGCUGUCAAAGGUCCAAAGAUCACCCACAAGGUCUAUUUCGAUAUCACUCAUGGCGAUGAAUCUAUGGGCCGUGUUGUUUUAGGUCUUUAUGGCAAAACCGUUCCUAAGACUGCAGAGAACUUCAGAGCUUUGGCAACUGGCGAGAAGGGUUUCGGAUUCCAAGACUCCAGCUUCCACCGUGUUAUCAAAGGCUUUAUGAUCCAAGGAGGUGAUUUCACAAAGGGCGAUGGUACUGGAGGCAAAUCAAUCUACGGAGCUAAGUUCCCAGACGAGAACUUCAAGUUGAAGCACUCCAAGAAAGGUCUCCUCAGCAUGGCCAACGCUGGGAAGGAUACCAAUGGCUCCCAAUUUUUCAUUACCACAUCUACUCCAGGCCAUCUUGACGGUAAACACGUCGUCUUCGGCGAAGUCAUGGAGGGUUAUGAGAUCAUCGCCGCCAUUGAGAACGUAAAGAAGGGAGCAUCAGACAGACCCGUCGAGGCCGUCAAGAUCACUGAGAGUGGGGAAUUACCAGUACCAGAAGAAGAUGAAUACGGUAUUGCUGAAUUUCAAUCCGGUAUGGAAGAGGUCGAAGUUCCACUCGCACCAAUCGAUCCUUCCACACCUGCUGCUCCCGCCGCCGUCAUUCCAGUUGUUGGCACUCCACAGACAGAGACAGAGGAUUUUGGCUAUGCUGAUGAGGCUGGGUACACUCUUAUGCAGAAGGGAUUAUUUUUGGCCGUCAUCUUGGGGUGCGUAGGCUUUUACGUACGAAUGAACAGGAGAAGCAAGAGAAUUGAAAAGUCAAUCGUCUAG